AUGCACCUCUCCCAGCUGCUGGCCUGCGCCCUGCUGCUCACCCUCCUCUCGCUCUGGCCCUCUGAAGCCAAGCCCGGGGCGCAGCCGAAGGUCCCGCGAGCUCCGCUAGGGGAGGUGUCAGCCGCGUCCCAUGCUGAGGGCGUCGGUCAGAAGAAGCGCGACAAGAUUCCCGGAGGCGGUGGCUCCAACCUCAGGGGCGACCAGGCGCGACUGCUCCGGGACCUGCGCGUGGACACCAAGUCUCGAUGGGUCCGCCUCCUGCAGGAGAACCCCAACGCUCGCAAACACAAAGGCAGCAAGAAGGGCACGUCCAAGGGCUGCUUCGGCCUCAAGCUGGACCGGAUCGGCUCCACCAGCGGCCUGGGAUGUUAGUGCGGCGACCCCUGGCGGCGGUUCGGGAACUUGCUCCGUUGUGCUGAGGUCAUCCUUGGUCAUCUGGAAGCACCUCCAAGGCAAUGUAGCUUUUACAUUUCUUUCUUUCGUUUUUUUUUCCCCUUGUGGUACUGGGAAUCCACAACACCAGCUGUUUUAUUAUUAUUUGGGAAGGGGGGGGUAUGGUUUUAUCGUUUGUUUGUUUUUGAAAAUGAAAAAUAAAAAGUUAUAUAUUAUAUAUAUAUAUGAUAUACAUGAAACACACCUACACCGACGUGAUGACAAGGGACAGUUUUUAAGAGACCGACAAAACCAGCUGUAAACAUUGCUGUCUGUAAAUUCAUGUCAUGCAUAAAUGUAUUUAUGUUGUAAAGCUAUUUAUAUUGUUUAUAAAGAGAUAUUUAUAAAAAUUUUAUUUAUGUAACUAAAUGAAAGAAGCCAAUCAUUGUAAUGUUUUUGUCUUAACUAGUUGAAAAAUGUAAAGAAAAGUCAUUCCGUGAACG